AUGCCUAAGAAUGUGCUUCUUCUCUACAGGGUGACGGUGGAGGCUCUGGAGAUGCUGGCGAUCUGGGGAAACGCUGGCGCUAGAGGCUCUUUGGGACUGCCCGGGCCAGCUGGAACGACAGGGAAAGUUGGGGAAAAGGGUCACAAAGGCGAAAAGGGGCAAGAAGGCUUCUUGGGCCAAGCUGGCGGGAUUGGAAUUACAGGGCCUGAAGGAGCCAGAGGAUCUCAGGGUGAAAUGGGAGUCCAGGGGCUUCCUGGAGUGGAUGGUGCUGAAGGUCUGAAGGGAAAUCCAGGACCUCGUGGUGUGAUUGGACCAACUGGUACAGCAGGAAUGGCGGGCUUCCCAGGAGAGGAUGGGAGGAAGGGAGACCAGGGCAAACAAGGCCCUUCUGGUGAUUGUGGGUUACCUGGUAAAGCCGGAGAGCGUGGGCCACCUGGCUUUGAUGGUCCCCCGGGCAAGAAAGGAGAUCCAGGAUCAACCGGGCCUCCAGGCCUAACGGUAAAGGGCCGCGAGGGCUGCCAGGCCUGGAUGGGCAGAAAGGGUGCAAAGGAGAAAAGGGGCGCUGUGGGCAUGAUGGGAGUGAAGGGUUCCCUGGCAGUCCUGGCAGAAGGGGCAAGCGAGGCAAAGCUGGUCCAAGGCCCCGCAGAGGUUCCAAAGGUCCCAAGGGCUAUCAGGGUGAACCAGGUCUCAAGGGGGCUGAUGGACCCCAUGGUCCUUCCGGGCUUCCUGGACUCAGAGGGGCGAAGGGAGUCAGAGGGCCCAGAGGGAAAAAGGGUGACAAAGGCAGCAAAGGAGGCCUUGGCCCACCGGGAGAUAAUGGUUUUAAGGUGCAUAUGA